CAGAAUACAUCCAGUUAAUGGUCUCUCCAUCAAAAACACAACAUGAAGAAGGAACAAAUAUCAAUCUGUUCUGUUCAGCUGAGUCUAGACCUACCGCAGAGUUUUUCUGGUUUCUGAAUGGAGACAUGCUGCCUGUUUCUGGACCAGAACUCAGACUGAUGGACAUUCAGAUGAGCCAGAAGGGAAACUACAGCUGUCAGGCCUUUAAUAGAAAAACUUUGAAAUAUCAGACAUCUCAGCCAUCAGCUGUCUCUAUUAUUGCACGUGUUUCAAACAUUGUGGUGGAAGCAUCCUCCACAGACCUGGUUGAGUUCAGCAGCUCUGUCCGGCUCUUCUGCUCUGCAUCUGGAUUCUCUCCAUCUUUCCUCUGGAUGAACGGCAGCUCUGAGCUUACAAAUGGGGACAGAGUUCAGAUCACUGAUGGAGGAUUCACUCUGACAAUAUUCAAUGUGACCAGAUAUGAUCAAGGGCUCCUGAGGUGUCACGUUUUCAAUUAUUUCAGUCGUGAUAGCAGUGAUCCAGUUUACCUCUCUAUCUACUAUGGACCAGACAGUAUUUCAGUGACUGUAUCUCCACAUCAUGAAAAAUAUGAAGAAGGUUCAGAUAUCACCAUGUUCUGUUCAGCUGAAUCCAAACCAGCUGCCAUUUUUCAGUGGUUUCUGAAUGAAACCCUGCUACCUGUUUCUGGACCAAACCUCAGACUGACGAACAUUCAGGUCAAUCAGAGCGGGAACUACAACUGUCAGGCUCUUAACAUCAAAACACUGCUGCACAAAAUCUCUGAUCCUUUUGUCAUCUCUGUUGUGUGUAAGUGUUACAGACUGGUUUGUUGCAUUAACUGUUAGGUGUU